AUGGGCAUAGCGGUGGACCGGCUGUUGGAGCCGAGUCGCGUCCCCGAGGAGCUUUUCUGCCCUAUUUGCAACGACCUUAUCGACCCCGCUGACGCCACGGAGGUGACCAAGUGCGGGCAUGUGUUCUGCGGGACUUGCAUCAACCAGGCCAUGCAACACUGCAGCGAAUGCCCGCAGGACCGGCAGCCGAUAACAGAGGCACACCUGCGGCUAGCCAGGGAGCACAACCGCUUUGUGUACCGCCUGCUCGGCAGGUCCAGGAUCCGCUGCGUGCACCACGCGUUGGGAUGCGGGUGGACGGGGGAGGUGUCAGAGGACCGAUCACACCGGGCCACGUGUCCCAAGGAGCGGGUGGCGUGCACGCACUGCAGCGCUGCCGUGCGCCGCGACCACUUCACUGCCCACGCUGCCUCCUGUCAAGCGUGCAGGAAAUGCAGUGAGAAGGACGCUCAGAUUGCCACAUUGCUGCAGGAGAAGCUGGCUGUUUCCAAGAAGUUUCUGGAGGUGUCGGAGUCACUGCGAGCCAAGCAGGUCCAACCUCUCGGCCCCAUCCAGUCAUACCAUCGCUACAGCAUCCUCCCUCUCGCGCACCUCCUCUCCACAUGGCUAACCAACCCUCCCACACACCCUCACCCCGACCGCAACCUGGUCUUCGAGAGCGUCAAGCGCUGCCACGACGACGCGCAGCGCUUCCGAUACGAGGACCCGUGUAUGUUUGACUCCCAGCUGCUGCUGCUGCUGGCGGCUGCUAAUGCCACGGAGUGGUUUUCGGAGAAUCAGAAGGGGUGCAUCCGGCGAUGGCUGUGGGAGGUUUCGCAGCAGCACUUGACGUGA